UUUGAGGGAUUACUUUACCUGUUAAUUCAUAAGUUUACCUAUAAAAAUAAACGAAAUACUUAAGAAAGUUAAACUUAAAUAUAUAUAUAUAUAUAUAUAUAUAUAUAUAUAUAUAUGUCUAUUUUAAUUUAAAUAUAACUUAAAGUUUUACUUACUCUUGUAAGAAUGGAAGAAAUUAAUAAUUCUGAAAAAAAAAUUAAAUACCCGAAAAAACGACAUCUUAUUAAUUUAAGAUCACUUCGAAUAUCUUUAAAAUACAGGCCGGAAAUCUUAAAUUUGCUAUUGAAAAUGCGACACUGCAUAAAAAAGAAAAAUUCCCUUAUAAAAUCUCUAAAGCGACAACUCGAAAAGGUGAGAACAAGUAAAAAUAAGCUAUCCUCCAAUUCCGAACAAUCAAGAAAUUUGAUAUCUUCACACACCCAAACUACUAGUCGAAAAGAAAAUAUAUCAAUUACAGAAGUAUCAGAUAAUAAAAUUGAAGAAUCUGCCGCAUGGACUACUCACAACAAUGGAAAAAGUGAAAAAAGUAUAGCAGAGCAAGUUGUAGAAGCAGCUCAAAGUGCUCUCCAAGAUACUGGUAUGGUGUAUGUAGAAUCUGCUGGAAUGUACUAUGACUACAAGACUGGGUACUAUUAUAAUUCUGAACUUGGACUCUAUUAUCAUACAGAUACGGGAUGUUACUACUAUUAUUCAAAUGAAAAACAAACAUUUGUGUUUCAUUCAUAUCCUGAUAAAAGUGCUGAGAAUAAAUCUCUUAUUGCUCAUGAGAAGAAGAAAGCAAAGAAAAACAAAAAGGCUACUAAAACUGACGAUGUUGAAAACCUGACCAAACAAUUCACUCAGGAAAAGGAAGAAGAAGGAAGCAAACCAAAACGCAAGAAAAUUUCUAAAGAUUCAAAGAAGAAAACACAGGAAACAAAUGAAAAUGAAAUUACAGAAGCUAAAAGAGACAUUGCUUCUGAUGAAUCAGAAGUUGUGAAUGAUAAAGAGAAAGUAAUUGCAGAACAGUUAGAAGACGGAGAGUGCAGUGACACUUCUAGUGAAGUGUCCGAUGCAGAAACAGAUGCAAGUACAUCUACUGCUACUGAUGACGAAUCGGUAGCCAAGCAUCAUCCACCAUGCAUGCGUGUCAUAGUAAGGGAGACAAACUUACCUAAACUGAAAGUAGGCAGUUUGUAUCUUAUAACUAAGGACGGUGGAACGAUAGGCAGAGAAGGGGAUCAACAUGCUAUUGUUAUAAGGGAUCACAAUGUGUCCCGGAAUCACUUGGAUAUCAAUUACAAUAUGGAUAAAAGAAUAUAUCUGGCAGUUGACUUAGGUUCAAAGAACGGCACAAUAAUUAACGGUAUUCGUAUGUCUGAGAGUCAAGAGAGGAGCAGUCCUGUAGAGGUAGUACAUGGAAGUACAAUACAGUUGGGUGAAACGAAGCUGCUUUGUCACAUUCACGCCGGCAAUGAUACGUGUGGCCAUUGUGAACCGGGGCUUAUAAUGGAAACACAAGAAAAAGAAAAAGUCGCUUACACACGUACGUGCAGCGUUCAGAAACAACAUCAACUAGAACUCGCGAGGUUGAAGAACAAAUACGCGCCAAAACCGUUAGCGAUAGAAGAGACCGCGUACAACGACAGGGCGCAGACGAGGAGAGAAAAGGUCGGCUCGUCGCACCACUCUGAGAAAACGCAGAGCAGUGAUAUUAACACGUUUAUAGCAGCUGAGAACAAAGGCUUCAAGUUGCUGGAGAAAAUGGGCUGGUCGAAGGGCGAAGGACUCGGCAAGGACAGCCAAGGGGACAGGGAGCCGGUACCUCUCGUCAGUAAUGAUGGUAAGGCAGGCCUCGGAGCAAGAAACGCACCCGACGCACCCAUGGCGUCCAAGACCCUUGGACCAGCAACUCUCCGUCUAGCUGCUAGGACAAAAAUGCUCCAACCACCCGCCAAAGCCUUCCAAGAACCUAUGGAUGAAGAUUCAGAAUAGUUAUAUCCAUAAAUGUAAAUUAACUAACUGUAUCAGUGAUGAUAAAAUAAAGACCAAUUUAAAUCCUUGUUGUAAAGUUAAUGAAUACGAUUAUCAUUUGAGGAGUUAAUAAACGUUUAAUUCAGUCUAGUAAUGUUUGAAUAAUGUAUAUAUUACCGGCUAGUGUUUUAUUUUAAUGUGGUAAAUGAAAUGUAUAUUAAAUUAUAAAUAAACCUGUCCGGACUUUAAUCGCAUAAUAAAAACAUAACUUUUUAAAACUUUGGAAUUAUUUAUAAUACGAACGUCAUAUACGAGUAAGAAGAUUAAUAAGAAAAAAAAAUGACAUUGUCUAUGAUAAUUAAAUUACCAGAAAAGAUUAAAUCUUAAAACUGGCACUUCAAUGAAACCUACAAAAUAAAAUCAUCGAUUAAAUAAAAAAAAACUGUCCUUAAUAAUUUAUAUUUAAUUAGAUACUAAUAAUAAUGCCCUCCAGACCGAUUUCGGCCACGGCGGCCAAUCUCAAGAGAGUUAGCCAACUACGCAGGAGAUAUUACAGUGCGCAAAACACAAGUGCAUUCCCUAACUCUCAUAAUCGGAUGGGACGGCAAUCCGACACGACCAGAAAGAAUUCAGGCGCAGGACCAACGGCUUUACGUGCUUUCUGAGGCGCGGGAGUGUAAACGCUUCCAACUUCCGGACUCCGGGCUGCUACUGAGAAUUUUCUGAGAGAAAUACCCAAUAAAUUUUUAUCGGCCCGACCUGGGAAUUGAACUUGACCUCCGGGUCUUCGGCCUUACAUCAAGCCACUAGACCAUCGUGGCAGUUAUUAGUUAUUAUAGAUACUAGACACAUAUUGAAACUAUUUUAAUGCAAAUGAAUCGUAUAGUGAAAAGAAUUAAGAUUUAAAAGUCUACAUAUUUCAUCGUAACUAUUCUACUACAAAUCCAGCCGUCUAGUGUCUAGACGGUAAAUAAUAAUGUGUUAAUUAUUAAGUCAUGAAUACAUUGCAAUGUAAUUUCACAUUAAGAAGUCUUAAUAUUUGAAUAAAAAAUUGUAAAUA